UUUACACGACAAACCGCACUUCAGUCUGGUUAGUGACACGUCUCUGUGCGCUGAUUAAAUGACCGUAAUUAAAGGUGCAUUAUGGGUCAAUGGAGGCCUGUGUCUAACCUGAGAAAUCAGGCAUCUCGACAGCCUCCAGCGGUGGUGUUUUUCCUCAGUCUUCUGAUGCUCUCCAUAACCUUUGUCUGUGUUGGACUUUACUCUCAGAAUCACGACAUCAACAACCCGGACAUCAGCUCUGACUGGAACCGGGUUCUGGGUUCUGUUGCAGGGUUUAAGUUCUGCACUCAUCUGAAUGACUCUGAUCUGCCGCUGGAGGAAGAUUCUCCUCCGAUGGUGGAGCAUAAAGAUCAGGCCAAUAUCUCCACCAGGACCACUCAUGUUUCUUUACUGGUGCCGCUGUUGUUUAUUGGGGACGCCCCGGAUGAGGCUGGGAUCAGCGUCACAGUGAUGGGCAGCCAGCUGGGCAUGAAAGGAGCUGCAGCGAAAGAAUCGGUCAACAUCUCUCUUCUCUUGCGCACUGAUGUUCCCAAUAAUCAAACUCCCGCUGGGACGCCGAAUGCUCGAACCCUGACCUGUGUCCAUUUCACUGCCCUGACCCACGUUCUGCCUCAGACUCCGACUCCUCCAGAAUGUCCAGCGGUGGAGGACGGAGAAAAGAGAGCUUCACCUGUCAGAGCUGUCGCUGUACAAUCAUACAAACACAAUUACCCACAAUGCUUCAGUCUAGAGUACACACCAGAUCCACGGCUGACCGUCCUGCUCACUAAGGAUGAGAAGGCCUUGUGUAGGUUUCACCUGCUGCUGGUCAGUGCUGCGCUGCUGCUCAUCUGCAUCCUCAUGAGUCUCUGCGGGACGUUUUUUUCACGUUCACCACGCUCUUACCAGGGGAACGAUCUCCAAAAGGAAUCUCUGCUGAGCCCAUGAAAAACAUUUCCAGAGUCCAGAAUUGAGAGUCUGCCUUCAGAACACAAGACGACACCUGCUCCUGAAAUAAUAAAUGAACAUUUGGGUAUUUAACAGUAACUGUCCAUCAUGAACCUGCAAACAAUUAUACAGGUUGCAUGCCUUGUCAUUUCAAGAAGAAUCUACAUGUGACUUUAUUAAUGUUUAAUUUAGUGUUGUCAAAUGAUUCAUCGCAUCCAAAAUAAAAAAUAUAUUUACUUAAUAAAUAUACACGUGUACUCUAUGUAUAAAUAUACAAACUUUACAUAAAAUACAAAAAAUAGAUAUUUACAUAUAUAUUUCUAUAUAAUAUAUAUAUAUAUAUAUAUAUAUAUAUAUAUAAACAAAAUUUUUAUGCAAUAUAGUCAUGCAUCAUAAUAUAUAUAUAUAUAUAUAUAUAUAUAUAUAUAUAUAUAAAUAUAUAUAUAUAUAUAUACACAUAUACAUAUACAAGCAUAAAUGUUUUGUAAAUAUGAACUUUUAAUUUGGAUGCGAUUAUUCAUUUGACAGCAGUAGUUUGGUUGCAAUAAUGUUAUGAUAUGUGAGCAUUAACAAUCACAAUACCAGGACAACAAAACCAGAAACUAAUGGUUAUUAUUAUUAUUUAAUUAAACUCCAAGAGUAAGUGAAUCUGUAAUUGGAAGCUUUGUCUUGAUGCUGGAUUAUUGAUUAUAUUUAAUAUUAAUUUCAUUUAAAUACUUUAAGUGUGCACUAUAUGGUUGUUUUUCUAAAAACAGAUUGUAUUAAAAUAUUCCACUGUGCUCAUUA